AUGGUAACUUCUCUAACUGAUAAAGUUCCAAAUUUAGAUCAAUCAAUAGAAUAUGAUCUUGUAACACCAUUAUCAACUGAUCUUGAUUUAUUUUCUGUUGAUCAUAAACAACAUUCACUUAUAAUAAAAAAUCGUAUUGAUUAUGAAUAUCUUUGUUUAAAGAAAAAACAUUGUAUUAUAUCAGUAAGUAUAGCUGUUUCAAAUGAAGAUACAAUUGAUGUUUAUAUUUUACCUAUUCGUAUAUUAAACAUCAAUGAUAAUAUAAUUAAAUUUCAUGUUAAUCGAACAGUAAUUGAAAUUGAAGAAAAUGAUGAAAAUUGGUCGAAAAAAAGUUAUCCAUUACCAAAAGCAUAUGAUGAUGAUGGAGAUUUAAUAACCUAUUCAAUUUACUUACAAAAUUGGAAUACACCAGAUGGUUUAUUUGAUUUCGAUGAAAUUAAUUUAUUAUUAAAACCUUUGAAAAAAUUUGAUCGUGAAGAACAAAAUAUUUAUCUUCUUCGUCUUAUUGCUCAUAAUCAAAAUGAUGCAUCAACUGAUAUCAUCGUUCUCAUAAAAGAUCUCAAUGAUAAUCCACCAAAAUGUCAACAAAAUCAUACAAUAUUUCUUAUAACAAAUAUAUCUAUUCCAUCGAUAUAUUCAUUAAAUGUCACCGAUAUUGACGAAGGUGAUAAUGCGAAAUUAGAAUAUCGUUUAGUAAAUCCGUUAUCCGGAUUUUCUAUUGAUCGGUAUAAUGGACAAAUUAAAUUUGAUUAUAAAAAAUGGAUAAAUUCAAAUCAGUCGGUAUUAAUCAUUAAUGUAACUGAUCAUGGUAAACCUUUACGAUUAUCAACACAAUGUUUUAUUGAAAUUAAAUUUACAUCGUUAUUUUCUAUUGAUUUUAAAUCGAAUAAUUCAGUAAUCAAUCAAACAAAUAUAUCAAUAGAAAUCGAAAAUUUAAAUAAUCCUCUUGGUUAUUUUUUACUUUAUGAUAAACAAGAAAAUAAAUUAUGUACAAAUUGUUUGAUACAUAUAAAUUCAUCGAUAAAAGAUUUUUUCUAUUUGAAUUAUUUAACUUAUGAUUUAUAUUUAAAUUUAAAUUCAAUUGUAUUAAUGAAAAUGUUAACAAAUUAUUAUAUUAAUAAGGAAAAUAUUUCGUUAACUAUUCAAAUUGAUAUAACAGAUUCGAAAAAUCCAUCAAUUAAAUCAACAAAAAAUUAUUCUGUUGAACUUUAUUUCAAUAAGAUAAAUAUUUUGAUUCAUUCGAAUAUAUUUUUUCUUAAAAUCCAUGAAAAUAUUCUAUUAAAUGAUAAAAUUCCAAUAUUUAAUCGUUAUCAUCAUUGUUUAAAUAAUCAAUCGAAUGAAUUAAUUUUAUCGGAUUCAACUCAUACAUUUGAAAUUGAAAGAAAUUUUCAUUUGGUUUUAAAAAAAUAUUUAAAUGUUAAACAACAAAAAAUUUAUCAUUUAACUCUUCAACAAAAAGAAAACAAUUCCACAAAAAAUGUGAAUGUCUGUUCCGUUCAACUUUAUAUAUAUGUUCUGAAUCCAUAUUCAAUUGUUAACAUUUAUCCAUAUUUUUCUCAAUCAUUCUAUGUUUUAUCAAGUAAAAAUCUAUCUCAAUUUUCUCUUCCAUUACUUCCAUCGUAUGUCAAAUAUAUUUCAUCAGUACCAAAUUUAAUAUCAGUUAAUCCAUACAAUGGUUCAAUUGUAAUUCGAUCAUCAUCAUUAUAUUCAUUCUAUAAUUAUGAUUUUCAAAUUGAAGCAAUUGAUUCCCAUGUACCAUCAUUAAGUAGUUCUAUAUCAAUACGAAUUAUUUUUGGUAUUAAUAAACAUUCACCUCGUUUAAUAAUUAAUUCAACAAAACAAUCUAUUGAAGUUUUAUCAUCAAAAUUUCUCUAUCAAAUUAAAGCUUAUGAUCCUGAUAUAUUAUUAAAUGAUCAAACAAAUUUAUUUCCACCGACAAUUGAAUAUGAAAUUGAACCAUCAAUAAAUAUUGAAAUUGAACGUUUUACUGGUCGAAUAUUUCUUAAAGAUUUUAAUAAAACAAAUAUUAAUUUUACAUUAAUUAUGACAGAUUUUGGUCAACCAAAUCGUUUAACAACUCGACAUAUAUUAACAUUUGAUAUACAAUCAGAUGAAAAUAUGUCCAUAUCAUUUUUAAUAAUUAUUCUCUCGACAUUUCUCAUUAUUAUUUUAUUAAGUUUUUUAUUAAUUCUUAUAAAUUGUUGUUUAAAAAGACAUAAAAAUUCAUUAAAAACUCAGGAAAAAACAACUUGGAAAAAUAUUUCACCAACAGCACCAAAUAGUUGUUUAAUUGAUAAUGAAUAUAUAACAACACAAACAUCAUUACCUCGUGUAUCUAGUCGUGAACAACGAAUUUAUCCAACAUUUUCUCGUACACAUUCAGAUAAUAAUUCUCAACAUAAUCAUCAUCGAAGAACAUCUUCACAUUUAUCAUUAGAUAAAGUUAAUCUUCCAUAUUCAUCAGAUAAACAAGAUUAUCAACAACAUGUAUCAAUGACGGAUAUUAAUAAAUAUUUAGAACGUUUUGAAAAAAUCUAUAAUGAUUCAUCAUCACAACAAUAUUUACAUCAACCUAUUGGAUCUGUUGUAUAA